UCACAAACAAUUGUGAUUUGUAACGACCAAGAUGCACACACGUUAAGAUAACUGUUCCAUUUUACAUAAUAAUAGGGAUGAGCGGUAGUUCCGGUGGUGAAAUGGUCCAAUUCAAACAAUGUGAUUAUGCGGUCCUCCAAGGUUGAUUAGAACAUUACGCAAGUGAAUCACCAUGGAUAAAGACGGACAAUCUCCUCCCAAUUCAAAGAAGACUUCCAAGAAACCCAAAUAUUCAAAGUUUUCACAACAAGAACUUCCUGCAUGGAAACCAAUCCUAACACCUGGAUGGGUUAUUGCCACAUUUACCGCCAUCGGAAUCAUCUUCGUCCCAGUUGGUCUUGCUUCAUUGUUCUCAUCAGAGAGUGUGGAGGAAGCUGUAAUCAGAUAUGAUGAUACAUGUCUUCCUCCUUCACAUGCUGACAAUGCAUUGGCUUAUAUUAAAAGUGAUUCUACCAACAAAACCUGCACCACCAAAUGGAUUGUUGAGCAUAAAAUGCAAGCUCCUAUUUAUAUCUAUUACCAGCUUGAUAAUUACUACCAAAACCAUCGCAGAUAUGUUAAGAGUAGAAAUGACAAGCAAUUGUGGAAUAAAGCAGCUGAGGGGGACACAAGCAAUUGUUUUCCAGAAGACAAGACAAAAAGUGGUCAGCCAAUUGUUCCUUGCGGCCUCAUUGCAUGGAGUAUGUUCAAUGACACAUACAAAUUUUCAGUUAACGACAAGGAUUUGAUGGUCAACAAGAAGAACAUAGCAUGGGGCAGUGACAAAGGGUCCAAAUUUGGGUCUAAUGUAUACCCCAAAAACUUUCAGAGUGGAAAUUUGAUUGGGGGUGCAAAACUCAAUGAGAGCUUACCGUUGAGUGAACAAGAGGAUCUCAUUGUUUGGAUGCGAACGGCUGCACUGCCAACUUUCAGAAAACUAUAUGGGAAGAUUGAGGAGGACCUUGAAGCUAAUGCUGAGAUAGAAAUAGUAAUAGAAAAUAAUUACAACACAUACGAGUUUGGAGGCAGAAAGAGGCUGGUUCUGUCAACCACAACUUGGAUUGGUGGAAAAAACCCCUUCUUGGGGAUGGCAUACCUGUUUGUUGGUGGACUAUCCUUGUUCUUCGCAGUUGGAUUCAUACUUCUGUAUGUGAUCAAGCCGAGACCUCUUGGAGAUCCGUCCUACUUGUCUUGGAACAGAAAUCCAGGGAAUUUAAAGUGACAUGCCAUGAUUCCCUACUUUUUGAUUUUGACAGUAUAUCACUAGUUCUGUGAAGCAAGGCUUAUUCUGGGAUGAAGAUUGAUAUUUGUUCUUGACUAACCUGAAACAUGAGUGGAUAUAAACGUUUGUCAAUAUUUAUAUAACAAAUUUCAAUCUGAGAAAUUAUAUUUCCACAUAUAAAAUGUUAUACUGUAUU